CUGGCAACAGUGCAAUAUUGAUCACUUCAGUUCACUUCAGGGGCCGGAAUUUGUUGAAAAGCAAUUGUCAUGGCCUCCGAAAGAUACAGCUUUUCUCUGACAACUUUCAGCCCAUCGGGCAAAUUGGUGCAGAUUGAAUAUGCCCUGGCUGCAGUGGCAGCUGGUGCUCCAAGUGUUGGCAUCAAAGCUGCCAAUGGAGUUGUGCUGGCGACCGAGAAUAAACACAAAUCAAUUCUGUACGACGAGCACAGUCUCAACAAGGUCGAGAUGAUAACCAAACACAUUGGGAUGGUUUACAGCGGUAUGGGACCAGAUUAUCGUCUUCUAGUCAAGCAAGCUAGGAAAAUGGCACAGCAGUACUUGUUGGUUUACAACGAGCCCAUCCCCACUGCUCAACUUGUCCAGAGAGUUGCUAUGCUCAUGCAGGAAUAUACUCAAUCGGGGGGUGUGAGACCCUUUGGGGUUUCUCUCCUGAUCUGCGGAUGGGACAACGGAAAGCCCUAUCUCUUCCAGUGCGAUCCGUCAGGCGCUUAUUUCGCCUGGAGGGCCACUGCCAUGGGAAAGAAUUUCAUUAAUGGAAAGACUUUCCUCGAGAAACGAUAUAGUGAGGAUCUCGAGCUCGAUGACGCUGUCCACACUGCUAUCCUCACACUCAAAGAGGGCUUUGAGGGCCAGAUGACAGCUGACAAUAUCGAAGUUGGAAUCUGUGAUGCCAAUGGCUUUAGACGGUUAGAUCCAUCACAUGUCAAGGAUUAUCUCGCCAAUAUCCCGUAAUUCAUGUCAGCCUGCUGCUUUCAUUUAUAUUUCACCUUUCGUAAGAAUUUUUUUUUCAAUUCAGAGUGAUAAAAAAGUUGAAUAAACAAUGAAUU